GCCUUGUGUGCACGUUGAGGUGACCAGGCUGCGGUGGUGCGGAGUCGAUGUCCUCGGAGGUGAUCGGGGCGACUGCAGGGAUGGCACGCGCAGAGCUGUAUGUCUCUGACCGAGAAGGAAACGACUCAACAGGAGAUGGAACCAAGGAGAAGCCAUUUAAAACCAGCCUAAAGACUUUGAUGACAGUUGGAAAAGAGCCGUUUCCCACCAUUUAUGUGGAUUCACAAAAGGAAAAUGAGAGGUGGGAUGUCAUUUCUAAGUCACAGAUGAAGAACAUUAAAAAGAUGUGGCAUAGGGAACAGAUGAAGAAUGACUCUCGGGAGAAGAAAGAGGCAGAAGAUAACUUACGAAGAGAAAAGAACCUGGAGGAAGCAAAGAAAAUUAUCAUUAAAAAUGACCCAAGCCUGCCAGAGCCGGCCUGUGUAAAGAUUUGUGCAUUAGAAAAAUAUAGAGGUCAAAGAGUGAAGGUGUUCGGCUGGGUCCACAGGUUGCGUAGGCAAGGAAAGAAUUUGGUAUUUCUGGUGUUGCGAGAUGGUACGGGCUAUCUGCAGUGUGUCUUGUCAGAUGACUUGUGCCAGUGUUACAAUGGAGUAGUCUUGUCCACUGAGAGCAGCGUGGCAGUAUACGGAACACUAAGCCUGACUCCAAAGGGCAAGCAGUCUCCAGGAGGCCACGAGCUGAGCUGUGACUUCUGGGAACUGGUGGGGCUGGCCCCAGCUGGAGGGGCUGAUAACCUGAUCAACGAGGAGUCCAAUGUGGAUGUCCAGCUCAACAACCGGCACAUGAUGAUCCGCGGAGAGAACAUGUUCAAAAUCUUGAAUACGCGGUGCAUGAUCACCAGGUGCUUUAGGGACCACUUCUUCGACAGGGGCUACUGUGAAGUCACCACCCCGACGCUGGUGCAGAUGCAGGUAGAAGGCGGGGCCAUGCUCUUCAAGCUUGACUAUUUUGGGGAGGAAGCGUUUUUGACCCAGUUUAGGGCCGAACAGUCCAGAACAAGAAGGCAUCUGGCUGAAUUCACGCAUGUGGAAGCCGAGUGCCCCUUCCUGAGCUUUGAGGACCUCCUGAACCUUUUGGAGGACCUAGUGUGCAAUGUGGUUGACAGAGUCUUGAAGUCACCAGUGGCGAGCAUAGUGUAUGACCUCAACCCGAACUUUAAACCUCCCAAACGGCCUUUCAGACGAAUGAACUAUUCAGAUGCUAUUGAGUGGCUGAGGGAACACGAUGCAAAGAAAGAAGACGGGAAGCUCUAUGAGUUUGGAGACAAUAUUCCUGAAGCUCCUAAGAGACUGAUGACAGACACCAUUAAUGAACCGAUCCUGCUGUGUCGAUUUCCAGUGGAGAUCAAGUCCUUCUACAUGCAGCGAUGUCCUGAGGAUCCUCGGCUCACUGAAUCUGUUGAUGUGUUGAUGCCCAAUGUUGGUGAGAUUGUGGGCGGCUCGAUGCGCUCUUGGGAUCAUGAAGAAAUUCUGGAAGGCUAUAAAAGGGAAGGAAUUGACCCCGCUCCUUAUUACUGGUAUACAGAUCAGAGAAAAUAUGGUUCAUGUCCUCAUGGAGGCUAUGGCUUGGGCCUGGAAAGAGUCCUAAGUUGGAUUCUGAACAGAUAUCACAUCCGAGAUGUGUGCUUAUACCCUCGAUUCGUCCAACGCUGCAGGCCAUAACCGAGGGCCCUGAAGCAUGAAGGAAGGGAAAACGUUCAUGAAAAGAUAAGACUGUUUCUGCAAAAGAACAAAACUCCGAAGCCACCCUUUGAUUUCCAGUUGGUCUAGUAGCUUUUUCUGUCUCUAUGUGUUUUCUUCCCAUUACCAUAAAAAGAAGUAGAUGUGACUUGAAUACAAGGUGACAUUGAUGUCCCUUUAAUAAAAAUACUCAUUA